AGCAGUGAAUUCAAGGCACCUAGGUGCGUUUACAAGAUCGUGAGGAUCAUUUAUACGGACGCAUGUCUGCACGCUGAUAAUGGUUUCUGAUGAAAACGAACAAGAAGCAAACAGUCCGAAAACGCGACUAAAAGGUGAGGGAUUACUUUUGCCACUCAAGAUAAGCAAUUCACCUGACAACUGGACGUACCAUCAUCAGUGUUUAAGGAACAGUGUUAUUUGGUCUUUGCGUGAUCCCAACAAAGGAAAAUGCUGAGAGCAUUGCUGUGAUGUCAAAUUUGAAUAGUUUGGCAUGAGGAAUAAAUAAAAAUAAAAAAAACACUCCUCUUGGUUCAGUAUGCAACAAAGGAGUCCAUCGAACAAAGUGUCCUGGUGGCCAGCGUGCGCUGUCUCUUCUUACUAUUAAGAGGAAUUCUCGUGAUGAAUUGCAGCCUUAUGUAGAUCAGUACGAGAUCAUUUACGGAAUCUGUAGCCAGAACUGUCACCGUCCUGAGCAACAUGAGUUGUUUCUGUUCGGCUCAAGAGGAGUUCUACUGCGAGGUGCUGCUUCUGGACGAGACGAAGCUCACUUUAACGAGCCAUCAACAGGGCAUUAAGAAAUCUACCAAGGGCUCUGUGGUGCUGGACCACGUGUGUAGCCACGUGAACCUGCUGGAGAGUGAUUACUUCGGGCUGCGAUACUGUGACCGCAGUCAUCAAACCUAUUGGCUAGAUCCUACAAAAACCCUUGCUGAACACAAAGAUCUGAUAACAACUGGUCCUCCAUACACCCUCUAUUUUGGUGUUAAAUUUUAUGCUGAAGAUCCUUGCAAACUGAAAGAGGAAAUUACAAGGUACCAGUUCUUUCUUCAGGUGAAGCAGGACGUGCUGCAGGGAAGGCUUCCAUGUCCCUUCAGUACCAGUGCACGCAUGGCAGCUCAGGCCCUCCAGUCUGAGCUUGGAGAUUAUGACCCAUACAGGCAUAUGUCAGGCUACGUGUCAGAGUAUCGCUUUGUUCCAGACCAGAAGGAAGACCUAGAGGAAGCCAUUGAGCAGAUUCACAAGACACUCGUGGGUCAGAAACCUUCUGAAGCAGAGAUCAAUUAUUUAAGUAUUGCCAAAACACUGGAGAUGUAUGGCGUGGACCUUCAUCCUGUAUUUGGAGAAAAGCAGUCUGAAUAUUUCCUUGGGUUGACACCAGUUGGUGUUGUAGUUUACAAAAAUAAAACCCUAGUUGGCAAGUAUUUCUGGCCAAGAAUUACAAAGGUUUUUUUCAAGGAAACACAAUUCGAGCUGCGUGUUCUAGGGAAAGAUUGCAGCGAAACAUCGUUCUUCUUUGAAGCUCCCAGCAAGGCAGCAUGUAAGAGCCUUUGGAAGUGCUGUGUGGAGCACCACACCUUCUUCAGAAUGCCAGAAAACGACUCCAACAACUUGACAAGAAAACUGUCUAAACUGGGCUCUCUGGGUUCUAGGCAUCGUUACAGUGGGAAGACCGCCCUGCAGAUGGGGAGAGCUCAGUCUGUGGGCUUGCCCAGGCCGGACCUGGAGGUGGUACGUACCCGCAGCAAGACCUACCCCAAGAGGAGUGCUCAGCCAGCGGGACUGAACAAUGGGAGUAGAUCAGUCGCAAAGCCAGGAAAUUCCCUCGGUGAAGGCCAGGCUAAAACCACAGCGUUCUCACCAGCCAAGAGCCCCAAACUGUCCAAGACAGAGGUCAGUUCCGAGGACCAGCCGAGCAAGCCCACUGCUCCCUGGGACACGAAUGCACCACAGAGAGGGCUCUACAGCUCCGCCAGCGAGCGGAACAAAUCGCCCAAAUUCCCCGCUGCACGCAGACGCUCGCCCUCCGGAGGCAGUGAGAACGAGGCUGCCAGCUCAGCCAGGCACAGGAGAGGCCAGAGUCACGAGGACGCAGCCAACAAACAGCACAGGAGAAGGUCACGUUCCCGUGGCAACACCAGCAGUGGCAGUGAGUCAGAAAAUUCAAACAGGGAGCAUCGUAAAAAGAGGAACAGAUCUCGUCAGGAGAACGAGAUGGUGGACUCUGGUCCACAGUGGGAGGCCGAGCUUCGCAGGCAGAAAGAGAAAACCCCGAACGAGGCGGGUCAUCGGCGCUCACGCCAUCGUUCCAGAUCAAGAAGUCCUGAUGUGCAAGCUAAGGAGCAGUUAUGGAAGCAUAUUCAAAAAGAGUUGGUGGAUCCCUCCGGCCUCACAGAAGAACAGUUGAAGGAGAUCCCAUACAAGAAAGUAGAAACCCAAGGCGACCCCAUCCGCAUCCGGCACUCUCACUCCCCACGGAGCUUCCGUCAGUACCGUCGCUCACACUGCUCUGAUGGAGAGCGGUCUGUCCUCUCCGAGGUCAACUCUCGAACUGAUCUGGUACCCCCACUUCCUGUUACUCGCACUGCAGACAUUCCUGGGUCCAGUACCACCACCUCACAGAAGAAGAAUGGCUCAAAAGACGACCUAUCAGAAAGCUCCGGACAGGAGACAAAAGGCAGCAGAAAGGCAGCAAAGACCACACAAGGCCAUCGGACCAGGAACGAAAUGUAACUCCUUUCACCACAGGAGUGUCACAGGUUAGGGGAGGAGAUGCAAGGAAGGAGUGGAAUAUUGUGAGAGUAUACUGAGACAUGGAAGUAUUCAGGACUUUUAGAUGAAGGCUCUCCAAACUUGGAGCUCAUUUCCUUUCUAAAGAACUUUAAGAUAGCUAUGUUUAUGCCAUAAGUCUGUCUAAGCAUCAUGUUCAGUGCAGAAAAAAAGGUGUAGCGGUCUUAUCAUUCUGACUAACUGGAUCAUUAGAACCAUGCAACAUAUUUUUACGUCCACAUACAUUCUGACAAUCAAAUGAAGGAUAACUGAUCAUUUAUAUAGCAGACAAUGCACAAUCUUGGUGGUAGACAUCGGCAUAGACACCACAAUGAUUUCAAAAUCAAUUUUAUACAGUAUUAAAUACUUCUUGAACUCAUUAUAGCAUGGACGUUAUCAUGGAAAGAGCUUGCAUUAUCACUUUUGUGUCAUCUGAUGUUAGAAGGACUUCUCUCUGCUGUAGGAAAUGUUGCUGCUGUAUUCUUUUUGUAUUGUGUUUUUUCUCUGCUGUUUAGAAAAUCACUGAACGUGGUUUAUUGUUGCUGAGCCGAAGAGUCACUUAUGGUCAAUAAAGAUUCUUGUCAGUCUAA